AUGGUGAGGGAGAUACAGGGCUCGACAAAGGUGCCUAUUGGAGAUGCCGUGAUCUCUACAGCAGACACCUGUGUCGGUAUUGAAACGUGUGAGGAACUCUUCACUCCUCAGUCGCCUCAUAAUGACAUGAGCUUGAAUGGAGUCGAGAUAAUGGCCAAUUCGUCUGGAUCUCAUCAUACGUUGAGGAAACUUGAUGUCCGCGUUAGCCUCAUCAUGGAGGCCACAAGGAAGAAUGGAGGUAUUUACUUAUAUUCCAACCAUUUGGGCUGUGACGGUGACCGUCUUUACUUCGAUGGAUGUGCGAUGAUUAUCGUCAAUGGCAAUCUCGUUGCGCAGGGAAACCAGUUCACUCUUGACGAAGUUGAUGUUAUUACUGCAGUUGUGGACCUGGAAGAAGUCCGGUCUUAUAGAUGCGUUCCAUCCCGCGGUCACCAAGCUAUCAAGGCUGGAGUCUAUACACGAAUAGAGACCGAAUUCAGUCUUAGCUCUGACAGGGGAGACCGAGAUACGGCAUUGAGGCCUAGCUUGGUAAUACAGCCACGUUACUAUCUACCAGCGGAAGAGAUUGCGCUGUCCACCGGAUGCUGGCUGUGGGAUUACCUUCGACGAUCCAGCACUGCGGGAUUCCUUGUUCCACUAUCUGGUGGGAUUGAUAGCUGUGCCACGGCUGUUACUGUAUUCUCAAUGUGUCGACUCGUCACCGAUGCAAUCAAAGAGGGAAACGAGCAGGUUAUUAAAGACUGUAAGCGGCUAGCGGACUACACGGACGAGCUGCCAAAGACACCACAGGAACUAUGUAACCAGAUUUUCCACACAGUCUACAUGGGAAUGUCGAAGCAAUCGUCAAAGGAAACACGACAACGAGCAAAGGAUCUCUCCGGAGCUAUUGGCGCCUACCACGUUAAUCUAGACAUAGACGAUGUCUACGAGGCCCAAAAGAACCUGAUUGUCAAGUAUCUAAACUUCGACCCCAAGUUCAAGAGCCAAGGCGGCACCAAUGCGGAAAACCUGAUGUUGCAAAACAUUCAAGCGCGCAGUCGGAUGGUAACGGCAUAUGAAUUCGCCCAGAUGCUCCCUACAACUCGCAAACGUCCGCACGGUGGAGCACUUCUCGUCCUCGGAUCAGCUAACGUCGGUGAGGCGCUGCGCGGUUAUUACACGAAAUAUGACUGCUCUAGCGCCGACAUCAACCCCAUCGGAGGCCUUGAUAAAGGCGACCUUAAACUUUUCGUUGCAUGGGCAGAAGAAGCUUUCUCUCUGCCGUGUUUGCGCGAUUUCCUCGAAGCCACGCCCACCGCCGAGUUGGAGCCUAUCACAGAACAAUACGUUCAAAGCGAUGAGGCAGAUAUGAGUAUGACCUACGACGAGCUGAGUACGUUUGGCCGGUUGCGGAAGUACAACAAGCUAGGACCGUAUGGCAUGUUCCAACGACUUGUACACGAUUGGAACCACCUUGCGCCACAGCAGGUAGCUGAAAAGGUGAAGAGGUUUUACCAUUAUUAUGCCAUCAACCGGCAUAAGAUGACAACUUUGACACCGGCUUUACAUUCGAACGAUUAUAGCCCUGACGACAACCGCUAUGAUUUACGGCCGUUCCUCUAUUUCCCGUUUUAUCAGUCUUGGAGCUUUAAGAAGAUCGAUGAAGAAUUGGAGCGUAUCGGAAUGCAAGCCAAGCAAUGA